UCGCCGCAAUUUCUAAGCACACCCUACACUGUGAACAUCGGUGAAAAUCUUCCAGUGGGGACUACUGUGAUAAAGGUUGUUGCUAGUGACCAGGAUCCUUCUGAUUCGUUGACGUACAGUCUCUCUGGAACCAAUAAUAACCACUUUAGCAUUGGUUCAAGUACUGGCGUUAUCAGCACGGCUCAAACACUCGACAGGGAAAAUAUCAAUUCUUAUUCACUGACCUUGUCCGUAUCGGACGGUAGUGUCACAGUUACUGAAGCAAUAAGUAUUGGUGUUGAUAACGCAAAUGACCCUCCGACGUUUUCUAAUGCGCCGUUCAACGUUAGCGUUGACGAGAACGUGAACAGUGGAAACCUGCUCACUGUUUCAGCCACAGAUGAUGACGGCGAUGCUAUUUCCUUUAGCAUAUACGGCGUAGGAAGUGAGUUAUUCUCGGUUCAUUCAAGCAGUGGAGUGGUGUCGCUAGCAGGCGCGCUUGACUACGAAACAGUCAGCGGUUAUACGCUAACGAUACGGGCAAGUGACGCAAAUGGAGGCGUGGCUACAACCUCAUUGUAUGUUGACGUUGUCAAUCAAAAUGAUGACCCCACCUUUUUAGGCACACCUUACAGCUCAAGUGUCAGUGAGGAUGCAGCUGUUGGCAGUACUGUGUUGGUUUUAACAGCCUCAGAUCAGGACGGUGACUCUUUGACGUUUACUUUGAUCGGCAGCAGUGAUUUUAGCAUUGGUUUAGCAACUGGAAUCAUCACCAUAAGCCAGGUAAUACUCAUCCUCAGAUACGUUAUAUUGCACGCCCAACUUUGAACGUAAUCUCGUACCCAGAUCUCACUCUGUCUUACGCUGAAAAGUGAGAUCUCCUUUUCCCUUGGCCGUGGGAGAUCUGGGUACAAGAUUACUUUGAACCCGCAUUCCAUCGCUAAAUAAAUGAGACAUGCCCUUGCAGAACAGCGUUUCUUCGGGGAAAAUCCAAGUCCAGUUCAAAACAACGAUGUAACUAGUCGGAAGAAACACCUGGCCCAAUUUGUUGAUACAGGAUAAACUACUAUCCUCUGUAUACCGGAAUUGGACACCCUAAUACUUAUCAACUGACGGGAGCAGAUGACCUCCUGCCAUUGGAUAUUGAUUUCUCCAGAGGACAGUGCUAUUCAGGCUUACAAAAACUGGGGUUUGGGAGGCAAAGCGUUUUGUCAGUUCCGCCAAAUUAGUCUUUCAAAGCUAAAAAAUAAAAAAAAAUUGACAAAUAAUGUUCCAAUUGCUAUUUGGAAUCGACUUCCAAGAAAACGCUGAGGGUCCCGAAUCUGUCGUAUCUGAUUAACAACCAAUCCGCUGGGUCCACUCUGUUUCUGGAUUCAGGGGGCUAAAGGUUCAUUAUUGGUUUCCUUUAAAGAAACACAGAAUCCCUUUUCAAAAUUGAUUUUCCGGAGUCGAGUUGUCCUGAUUCUAAUUGUACCAAAGAAACCCAACCCUCGCAGAUCCGUUCUUUUCGUUUGGCCCAGUUUUCUAACUCGUUAUUGGGGACAUCGUUUUUUUAAUAGUGGGAGCGCGUAGGUCGCAGCAUUUUAUUUCACUCAUACGUCUUUAAUCUAUUCUUGACGGGGACUUUAGCUGUUGUCCGUACUAUCGGCGAGGUGUCUGAAAGGCAAGAAAUAGAGAGCAUUAGAUUUGAGGACGAACACGAGUACGAGAUUUAACUUGAAGUUUUUGCGUAUGUUCUCAAAAAAUAAACACCCCGGAAAAGCUUCAGUUUAUUUUUUUUCACCUAAAAUGUUAGUACGUUUAUUUAUACUGAAGGAGGUUAAGCCCUCUUCCGAUAGCAAAAUGAUGAAUUUCUUACUUUUGAUAACUUGUUCCCGCCACUACGACAUGAUUCUCGUAAUAGAAUGACGACGGCUACCUCGUUUACCCGCCAAAAUAACGCUGGUUCACGCACGUGCAAUACUCAGAAUUGAGAAAAUCUCGUACUCGUAGUCGUCCUCGUACUUGAAUCUAAACUCUCUAAUGAUCAUCUGUAUGACUACUACAUAGCUUUUAUGUAAAUCUAUACAUUUUAUCUCUUCGACUAUUUUGUUCUCCUUCCCAGUCCCUGGAUUAUGAAACGACAAGCUCUUACUCACUGACUGUCAAUGUCACUGAUGGGACAUCCAUAGUAUCACAACCGCUGACCAUCAGUAUCAGGGACACAAAUGAUGCUCCAGUAUUUACUAAUUCACCUUACUCUGCGAGUGUGAAUGAAAACGAGGCUGCCGGACAAGUAUAUACAGCCAGCGCCACAGAUCAAGAUUUAGGUAAGUGUAUUGGAAAAAUAAAUACCAGGCCUUUCUUUCCUUACACUAGGCCUGUAAUUGGUUAAAUAAUUGCACUAAGAUUUUAGACUAAUGACAAAGGGAAGCGCAGCAUAUCUUUAGAACUACCUAUAAAAUUAGUUUGAAUUCUAGAUUAAAAACCGCUGUAAUGUAAAGUGGAAACGAAAUCUAGCUUUGACUGUUGAGUGCUCCCUGUCUCCAUAGUUACUGCUAACUAUGCUAUGAAGUGUAUUUGUUUCAAUAUGCAUGAUUGUUCCUCGGGUGACUGUAUCUGUGAAAGCGUUGCAUGUUUGGUUUUAUUUUAGGACGCCCAAUCCACGUAGAAGAAUGAUUUUAACACCAUUUCCUUUUAAUUUUCCUCAGGUGAUUCAAUAACCUUUCUGUUAUCUGGUCCAGGAAGUGCAGACUUCUCCAUCCAUCCAGUCAGCGGUAUUGUGUCAUCAAGUCAGGCUCUUAACUAUGAAUCCAUCUCGUCUUACCUUUUAACCAUCACCGCCUCGGACUCAAACGGUGGGAUAGCUCAAACCACACUUAAUGUGACAGUUGUGAAUCAAAAUGAUGACCCUGCAUUCGUAAGCGCGCCAUUUUCUGCAGAAGUGGACGAGAAUCUAGUCAGUGGUUCCACGGUGUUAAAGCUUACUGCGACUGAUCAAGACGCAAGUGACUCGCUGUCCUAUAGCAUUGCAGGCACAAAUUCUGGGCACUUUGCAGUGUCUUCUGUAGGGCUUAUUACAACAACACAAGUGUUAGACUACGAGUCAGUUAGCAGUUAUUCUUUGAAUAUUUCCGUUUCGGAUGGUUCUACCACUGUAAUAGAAGCUUUGUCAGUUACUGUAAAAGACACAAAUGAUUCUCCGGCUUUCAAUAGCGCCCCUUAUACAGUCACAGUACCAGAAAAUAACGUGAGUGCCACCGUCUAUACCUUGAGCGCCACCGAUACGGACAGCAGUGAUACACUGGAAUAUUUCCUUUCAGGGGUAGGAAGCGGUGACUUUUCUAUCCUGUCCUCUACUGGGUUAGUUUCACUAAGCAGCGCAUUGGACUACGAAAGGAAAUCCAGUUAUGUUUUUAGUGUUAUUGUACGCGAUGGAAAUGGUGGACAAGCGACUUCAUCCCUGACAGUUACCGUUUCAGAUGAAAACGAUAGCCCUGACUUUAUUGGCACUCCAUACAGCGCGUCACUUGAUGAAGAUGUACCCAUAGGAACAACAGUUUUGCAAGUAUCAGCAACUGACCAGGACACCUCAGAUACCCUUUCAUACAGCCUAGCUGGAAAUAAUUACUCUGACUUCAGCAUCGGUUCAAACUCGGGGAUCAUCACCACUGCUGUUGCUCUUGAUUACGAGGCUAUUAGCUCUUAUUCUUUGACAGUUUCUGUUACGGAUGGAACCGUGACAGUAACGCAAGCUCUAAGUAUUAGUGUCACAGACAAAAAUGAUGCGCCAGCCUUCACAGCCGCGCCUUAUUCCCUCACAGUGCAAGAAAACACCACGAGUAACUCACUACUCACAGUAAGCGCCACUGACCAAGACACUUCGGACACAUUGAACUUUCUUCUCUUGGGAACUGGUAGCGAGUUUUUCUCUAUCCAUUUGACAUCUGGGGUGGUUGCUUUGACAACAGUAUUGGACUACGAGGUGACGUCAUUGUACACUCUUACUGUGCGUGUAUCGGACAGUAAUGGAGGAGUUGUUACCACUUCAUUGACUGUCACAGUCUCAGACGCCAAUGACUCUCCCCAGUUCCUUGGUAUUCCCUACUCAGCAACGGUCAGCGAAAAUCUUCCAAUUGCCACUGACGUCAUCAAAAUUUCAGCUUUCGACGCCGAUGGUGGUGAUUCUUUGAGCUACAGUUUAUCCGGGACUAACAGCGGACAUUUUCAAAUCUCUUCAUCUUCUGGUCUUGUAGAGACAACGCAAGUACUGGACUAUGAAACUGUCAAUUAUUACUCGCUCACUGUAAGCGUAAGCGACGGUUCAGUCAGUAUCUCCACCAGCUUGACCAUCUCUGUUUCAAAUACCAACGAUGCUCCUUACGUCACAAACCUUCCUGGUAACGUCAGCAUUGCCGAGAAUGACGUCACUGCAGCCGUAAUUGACGUAAAUGCAAGUGACCCUGAUGGCGACAAUAUCACUUUUUCCUUGAGCGGAACCGGAAGUGACGAUUUUCGGAUCAAUUCUGCCACAGGGUUGGUAACCUUAAACAGGGCACUCAACUACGAGAUCCAGGAGCUGUAUUCAUUAACGGUACGAGUGUCGGAUGGAGCAGGAGGCGUGGCCUUUGCGUCACUCACGGUCAUAACUGUCAAUCAAAACGACCCACCUGUAAUUUUAGGAGGUCCUUAUACAGCGAAAGUUGAAGAAAGUUUAAACGCAGGUACCACAGUAUAUAAGGCCGCCGUGUUUGAUGAGGAUUCGAACGACACACCAUCUUUCAGUAUAUCAGGGACAAACAGUGAUCAUUUUGCCAUUUCUUCAGCUGGUAUAGUCACCACAACUCAAGCACUUGAUUACGAGUCUAUUACUUCAUAUACACUCAUCGUAAGUGUCUCCGAUGGUUCAGCGAGUGUGAACACGACUUUGACAAUCACUGUAGAAGACACUAAUGACUCGCCCCAGUUUACCAAUGCUCCAUACGCUGUCAAUGUUGAUGAAAAUGAUGUUGGCGCAGCUUUGGGUAAUGUGUCUGCUGUGGACGUGGACAGCGGUAAGUUGAGUUUUCAAAUCUUUUUUGUCUGAAAGGAAACCGCAUUAUCAAAAGUCAGCAGUACUUACUCCUCUCUCAAAGUUUGUACAGAAAUGUUCUUUCAAACUAUUUAGCGAAAACUUUGUCACGAGACUUUAGCAAAGCUACCAUCAACAGGUCCUUUGUAGUUAGUCAGUCACGUGCUACAAAACCGCCAUACGUCACUUCCACAUUUCCCAUAAUGCACCUUGGGGGCAAAUAAGGUGCAUUAUGGGAAAUGUGGAAGUGGUGUAUGCUAGAUAGUAAGAAAUACACUGAGACAAGACAAACAAAGGAAAUUACCAUUUAAAAUUAUGUAAAAGACUUUUGUUUGUCUUGUCCUGAUGAAUCCCUUGUUCUCCAGCUUGGCCGUUUUGCACCACGUGAACUGACUAGCUAGGGCCUAUACCGAUUAUUACUAGUUUCAUAUUUCCCUGUUUUCAAUUUCUUUGAAAUAUAUCAUGACUUGUGCAUUUUCUCUCACCAGGACCGGCGGACACGCUUACUUUCUCCUUAUACGGAGCAGGAAGCAGUUUCUUUUCCCUUCACCCCAGCACUGGUGUAAUAAGUCUCACAGCGGCCUUAGACUAUGAAGAGUCGACCCAGUACACUUUGACAAUCCGGGUCAGUGAUGGGCGCGGGGGACUGGCGACGACCAGCCUUACAGUGAGUGUUAAUAAUGUGAAUGAUCCGCCGAUUUUUCA